AUGGUCCCUAAUGUUUUCAAAUCCGAUACGGAUGGUCCUUGGUUUAAUGCUGAAAACCAAAACGCUCAAGAUCCGUCGGUAGAGGUGGAGAACAGAGAAGACGAUUCAUCUGCAAAGAAAUUUAAGGACGCAAACGGAGAAGAAAGUAACAUUGAGAUUGAAACAGUUGAGAAAACCAUGAGCUCAAAUGCUGAACAGACAACUGAUAAAGUUGAAGAGGUGGAGAUUUCCCCCAUUGUUGAUCCAGUUGAUGAAACCAAGAACGAAGAGACACAAGAAUCAGUUCCAGCAAUUGAACCAAUGCCUGAAACAGCCACCAGAAGUGAAGAAGAAGACGAAGGUUGGAGGAAGGAGAUAUCGCCGGAGGUGAGGCCAUUGUGGUUGGGGGAGACGAAGGCUUGGGACAGAAACACCAUUAUUGGCUUUUCUUUUCUUUACGUUCCACAUCACCGAUUCCAAUCCACGAAAUUUCUCCAAGAUUUCCAAGAUGUAUUCAUCUUAGGUCAGCGGAUUGGUGGAAGUUUGAACAAUCAGUGGUUUGCAACUUUGGGAGGAGCAACAGAGGCACGAACUACAUCCACUUCCAUGGCGGAACCAAAGAAGAUAAUCAUAGACACCGAUCCUGGCAUUGAUGAUGCCAUGGCAAUAUUUCUGGCAUUAAGGUCACCAGAAAUCACAGUGAUUGGGCUUACAACUAUAUAUGGCAACGUUUACACCACACUUGCCACUAGAAACGCAUUGCAUUUGUUGGAGGUUGCUGGAAGAACAGACAUCCCUGUUGCAGAAGGAUCUCAUGUCAGUUAUAUGAAAGCCACAAAGCUUCGAGUUGCAGACUUUGUCCAUGGAGUAGAUGGACUUGGAAACCAGAAUUUUCCUCAGCCAAAGUCAAAGCCAAUAGAAAAGUCAGCUGCAGAAUAUUUGGUGGAUCAGGCUAAUCUUUACCCUGGAGAAAUCACUGUAGUGGCAUUGGGUCCCCUUACCAAUAUUGCAUUGGCGAUUCAACUGGACCCCACAUUCACCAAAAAAAUUGGACAAAUUGUUCUUCUUGGUGGUGCUUUUGCAGUAAAUGGGAAUGUGAAUCCAGCUUCUGAAGCUAAUAUUUUUGGUGAUCCAGAAGCUGCUGAUAUUGUGUUUACUAGUGGAGCUGAUGUUGUGGCUGUUGGAAUCAAUGUUACUCAUCAAGUUAUUAUGAAAGAUAGUGAGCUUGAGAACAUGGCAGAAUCAGAAGGAAAAUUUGCCAAGUAUUUAUCCAAGAUCCUGGAUUAUUACUUUUCUUAUCAUCGUGAUGCAUACAGCAUGAAUGGUGUUUACCUUCAUGAUCCUACAGCACUUCUUGCAGCUGUUAAUCCUUCACUGAUGACAUACACAGAAGGUAUUGUCAGAGUCCAAACAACUGGCAUCACAAGGGGUCUAACGUUGUUUUUCAAUAAACAGAAAAGGUUUAACGAAGCGACUGAAUGGAACAACAAACCGACAGUAAAAGUGGCAGUGACAGUUGAUGCUCCUGCAGUUGUGAAAUUAGUAAUGGAUCGCCUCAUGAAUUCAUAACCUCCAUUCAUUUUUUUAAAGUUGUUGACAUAUUGUCUAAUAAAAACAUUUCCAUUUCAAUUCAUAUGAAUUAUUUGUACCUAACAGUUUUUCAUUUCAGUAUUAUUGUUAUUUUUUUUUUUAUAUAAAUUAUAAAUUAUUU